ACACACACACACACACACACACACACACACACACACACACACACACACACACAAACACACAAACACACACACACACACACACACACACACACACACACACACACACACACCUCAUCCCUUGUCCAGGUGGCAGCCAAACCUAAAGAGUAGUGUCGGUGUGAAACAAUAAUCUCAGUCCCAGAGAUGGCGGCAGGAUCUCAACGCUUUCUACCACUCGGUCUAUGGAUAUUUCUCUUCAUCUUCACUACUGUAGCAGGGGUGAACCUGGAGGGGGAGCUGUUCAAGGACCUGAUGAGAGGCUACAACAAGAACGUCCGGCCCAUGGAGAAGAGUGGUGACAUCACACAGGUCACCGUCAAGAUGACCCUCACCAACCUUAUUUCCCUGAAUGAAAAGGAAGAAGCCCUUACAACCAGCGUCUGGAUUGAAAUGAAAUGGUGUGACUACAGGCUGAGGUGGGACCAAUCUCCCAGGUCUAUCCUGUACGGAAACCUCACCUCCCAGAUGAGGAUCCCAUCUAAGAGCAUCUGGCUGCCUGACAUCAUCCUGGAGAACAAUGUAGACGGAAAGUUUGAGAUAGCCAUGUACUGUAAUGCCCUGGUGUCUCCUGGUGGCUGUGUGUACUGGCUGCCUCCUGCCAUCUAUCGCAGCGCCUGCUCCAUCACCGUCAACUACUUCCCCUUCGACUGGCAGAACUGCACCAUGGUGUUCCGUUCCCAGACCUACAACGCUAACGAGAUAGAACUAGUUCUCACAGAGGAGGACAACCAGCCUGUGGAGUGGGUGGUGAUCGACCCCGAGGCUUUUACUGAGAAUGGGGAGUGGAUCAUCAAACACAGGCCUGCUAAGAAGAUGAUUAACCAGCGCUACACUAAAGAUGAGUUAGAGUACCAGGAAGUGGUGUUCUUCCUGAUGAUCCAGAGGAAACCUCUGUUCUACGUCAUCAACAUCAUCGUUCCCUGUGUCCUCAUCUCAUCCCUGGGCCUGCUCGUCUACUUCCUGCCUGCCAAAGCUGGGGGUCAGAAGUGCACCGUGUCCAUCAUGAUUCUCCUGGCCCAGACUGUCUUCCUCAUCCUCAUAGCCAACAAGGUCCCAGAAACCUCCCAGACUGUUCCUCUUAUCGGAAAGUACCUGAUGUUUGUCAUGUCCGUGACCACCAUCAUAGUAAUGAACUGUGUCAUCGUGCUGAACCUGUCUCUAAGAUCCCCCAAUACACACAUCAUGAACAAUAAAGUCAGGAAGGUCCUGCUGAACAUCCUGCCUCGGCUGCUGAGGAUGCAGAUGCGACCGUGGACACCGUCUGAGGACUGUGACCUCAGUGAUGGAACCGGUAAUGGUCACAGUCACAGUACCGACAGUGGGAGUAACAUAUUCCUAGUCCCCGGCCGGCGGCGCAGCUCCCUAGGACUCAUCAUCAAGGCAGAGGAAUACGUCAUGAAGACGGCCCGGUCUGAACUCAUGUUCUCCAGGCUCAGAGAGAGAGACGGCCUCAUGAAAUCUGCACUGGAGAAGAUCUAUAACAGUCUUGAGGGGAGUACGGCACAAGACCUGGGGACCAGCCUGGCGCAGGCCUCACCGGAGGUACGCCAGUGUGUGGAAUCCUGCAAACAUAUUGCCAAGAGUGCCAGGCAACAAAACAACUUUGAGAGUGAGAAUGAGGAGUGGUUCCUGGUUGGCCGGGUGAUUGACAGGGUGUGCUUCAUCGCCAUGGCGCUGUCGUUCUUCAUGGGCACCAUCGGAAUCUUCCUGAUGGGGCAUUUCAACCAGCCCCCCUCCGUACCUUUCCCUGGUGAUCCCAGGAAGUACCUUCCUCCGUUAGGGAAUAACAUCACCGAUCCCACUGGGAAUGACACUGGUGAAAAUCUACUGGGUUGAGAAAUGUCCAUAAACCAGGAAGAGGUCUGAAAAUGGCCCUAGAAAGGAAUGGGUUUUAGCACAGGUUAUUGUGGCUGCAGAAAGCUUUGAGAGAUCUUUGAUUAUGUAUGUAUUGGUGGUCUGAGACUGAAACUAAACCAUGUGGGUCUGUCACAGGUUUUGCAGUUUAUGAGUUUGCUCAUUCAGUGAGACAACAAAGAUUUUGACAGUGGAUUAUAGAUGUCCAUACUAAUUACAAAGGGAUAUGCUUGACCAUACGCACUGAUGCCUUAUAUGAUAUGUGUGUUUCAGAGAAAUGGUUGAAGGGGGUAUUUUUGAGUAAUAUGCUAAAGUUUUAUCACACUGUUAUGUUUACUUUCUUUAAGGCAACCCAACCCGGACUCAGGGGUAGACCUAAUAAAUGUAAAUCUGGUACACUCCAAUUAGUAUGAUAUGCUACGUUUCUUAAGGUAUGAAUUCAUUUGUGGAUGUCCAUCAUCCAUUUUAUAUAUUAUGUUACGAAUUACAAUUUGUACAAUAUGUUACGGAUUUCAAAACAUAUAUGUUACGAAUUACAAUUUGUUGUUACUAAUAUUAGCUAGGUGGCUAACGUUAACAUUGGCUAGGUGGCAAAUGUUAACGUUAGCUAGGUGGCUAAUGUUAGCUAGGUGGCUAUCGUUAGCUUGGCUAGGGGUUAGGGUUAAGGUUAGGAUUAAAGUUAAGCUAACGUGCUACGUAGUUACACAGUAGCUAAAAGGUAGUAAGUAGUUGUAAAGAUGCUAAUUAGACAAAAGCUAAAGUUGUAUGUGAUAAGAUUCAAACACACAACCUUUAGUUUGCUAGACCUUCGCAUUAUACGUCUACUCAUCCACCCCGACCAACCAUCCUACUUCAAUCUUAUGUAACCAUACCGAACAUAACAUGUCAUAAUAAUUUGAGUGUCCCGGAUUUACAUUUACUAUGUUACGUCUAGUCUAUGAGACCAUGCUGGGCAACCAUCAUCCAUCAUGUUUUUUGUAAGAUAGUUAAUUUAGUUGUGAUUUUGAUAUUAAUCAGCAAACACAGUGUUCUCUUUUCCAGAUUGAUGAUCAUACACAUGUUUUUUUUGUUUUGUUUGAAGAUUAACUUUGUUUCAUUAAAAGUAAAGGUAUAGCAA